AUGAUGAUGCGGAAUGGGUUAAUUGUGAGUUUGGUGCUAGUGCUUUGUUUUGUCGCGUCGUCGGAACAAGCAAAUACGACUACUGCCAGCACUAUUCCAGCUACAACAAACAAUACGACAGCUGAUUCUGAGACUAGCUCAGCAACUGAACCAAAUACAACACAGGGACCGACGCAAACAACAGCCCUGACAACAGCUUCAGCUACCAACGGAUUUACUAUAACAACAACAAAUUCGACACGGAGUGAUACAUCUACAACACAGGGACCGACGCAAACAACAACCCUGACAGCAGCUUCAGCUACCAACGGAUUUUCUAUAACAACAACAAAUUCGACAUCUACCUUUCCCUUACCUACAACUAAUAGUACUGGUAAUGGUACUGUUACCUCCCAUACAAUUAAAACAACAUCACAGAAUACAACGGCUUCAACUGUUACUUCUUCUACAGCUACAACAGCGGGGCCUCAAGCUUCGAAGGAAAAUACACCCUCGUCUAAUGCUUACGAAGGCGUGGAAGCGGUGGCAGGAGUUUCUAUAGUACUCAUUAGUGUGGUUAUUAUUGUGAUUGUUGCAUUCCUUGCUCGAUUUGAAAGACACAAAGAAAAAAUAAAACGUGACGAGAACGGCCAGAACAAUGAAGCAUUUGAAAUGAGAAAUAGAUAA